AUGGUGGCUAUCCAGUCGGAUUCCAAACCUCCCCAACCUCAUGGCUAUCCGCAACCCCAACCUGUUGGUGGUUAUCCCGGAUAUCCACCACAUCAGAGCUAGUUACUUUUAUAGAAGAAAUGGAUUUUACUUGAGGUUGCUGACGUAG